AUGCCAGAAUCCAAGGUGCAAUUAGACUGGCAGCGCUGCGUUAACAUCUGUAAAAGUUGCAUCUUGUUUUUUUUUUGUUUGCUUGCUUGUUAACAGUAAAAAUGCAUUAUUAAUAAACGAAUAAAUCAGAAAAAGCUAAAUCGUAAAAAGUUUGCAAUUAAGUGUUGCGCGAAAUGUAAACAUUGUAACGCCGGCCAACACAAAACGAACAGCAAAAUGACUGACGCAUACUGUCUGUCGAAUUUUAUUGAUUUUUCGCAGCAUCUGUCGCAGCCACUGAGGCACAGCAACCGGAUCAAGUACACAUGCUUCGAUAUAUCCGAUAACUACAUCAUCUUCGGUGCCACCUCGGGCUCCCUGUACUUCUUCAACCGAGGUGGCAAAUUCAUGCAUCUGAUCCCCAAUAAGCAUGGACCCGUCACACACUUGAGCAUCUCGGCCAACAACAAAUACGUGGCCUUUGCCACCCAACGCUCUCUCAUCUGUGUGUAUGCCGUCAAUCUCUCAGCACAGGCAGCGCCCCAGGUGAUUGUCACUCAUCUGAGCACCGAUCAGUCGGUGCAGGUGAGCUGCAUCCAUUGGACACCGGAUGAGAAGCAAUUCUACUAUGGCGACACACGUGGCCAGGUCAAUCUAGUGAUCAUCUCCACGUUCAUUGGUCACAGUCUGCUCUUCAAUAUGUCUGUGCAUCCGCUCCUCUAUCUGGAUGCGCCCAUUGUCCAAAUCGAUGAUUUUGAAUCACUGCUCCUCGUUUCCAAUAACACUAAAUGCAUCCUGUGCAACACGGAGUACGAAGAGUAUAAGCAGAUCGGCAACCGUCCACGAGAUGGCGCUUUUGGUGCCUGUUUCUUCAUUUCGCCGCAUGAGUCGCUGCAGCCUUCUCGGAUAUAUUGCGCCCGUCCUGGUACCCGCAUCUGGGAGGUGGACUUCGAGGGGGAGGUGGUGCAGACGCAUCAGUUCAAGGCCGCUUUGGCCACGGCACCCGUCAAGAUAUUGAAGGCCAGCGACCACGAUGAGCUUAAUAAUGCUAACAACGCCGAUGGUGACGAUGCACUCGAGUCCAACGAUGAACUGCUCGAUCAUCAGCCGCAGCAGCUGCAGUUCGCCAAGUUACAGCGACUCGGCACUGACUUUAUGCUGGCCUACACCGAACUGGGCCUGUACAUCUUCGAUGUGCGUCUGUCCACCGUUGUGCUGUGGUGCAAUCAAUUCGAGCGGAUUGUCGAUUGUCGCGUUGCCGGCAAUGAGAUCUUUGUCUUCACCCAGACCGGAUCGCUUUACGGCGUCCAGUUGCAGACGCUGCAAUCGCACGCCAUCUCCCUCAUCGAGCAAUCGAAGCUGACGCAGUGCGCCCGCCUGCUGCGCCAACAUGUCAAAUACUUUGCGGACAAGGCACGCGAAAAUUACGAACUGAAGCAGCUCAAUCUGCUCAAGCAGUGGCUCAUCGAGCGCCAGCAAUAUGAGCUCUUGAAUGAUAUAUCCGUGAUCUUUGAUGCCAUUGCUCAGUGCACGGGCAGCGCACUGGAUACGCACAGCUCUGGCGGCAGUUCGGCGACCACAGAGCGCAGUGUGACAACAACAGCGACGCCGCCUCCCCCGCCACCUCCUCCACCUUCUAAUCAGGCUGAUAAUCCUCCUCGAGGGGUUUAUGUGCUGGAGAAUGCAUUUUGCGAUAAUCUGUUGAAGCAGGCGCCCAAAACGUCUGGUCACUUCAAGGAUGCCCUGCUCACGGUGACUGGUAAAUUUGGCAAGAACAUCAUCAAGUACAAGUUCAACAUCUUUGCCGAGGAGCAGCAGCAGCAACUGGUCCGUGAACUAAUCCCGCCCAGCGAACGUUCGCUGCCCUUUAAGGAUAUUAAGGCGCGCUACGAGUCACAGGAUGAUGAUGAUGAUGACGCAAUUGUUUGUCGCAGCAGUCGCUCCUUGGCUGCUGCUGCUGCCGGCGGCAAACGUGCCACAUCCACGCCCAGCUGCAUUGUCAUCAGUCCCGAGGAGAAGACCAUCUACAAUCUGUACUUGAUCCACAAGAGCGCCAAAUUCAGUCGCACCCAUUGUGUGGAACGUUAUCGUGGCGUCUUCGACGAGUAUGCGGCGAGUGAGCUGAUCCAGCUGCUCGAGAAGCUGGCGGGGAUUAUGAUCGAGCAUGGAGAUAGUGCGGAGCAGGCGCAACGCAAUUGCUACGAGAUGUACUUCAACUAUCUGAAUCCGGAGCUCAUCUGGGAGAUGGAUGAUGCGACAAGGGAUUACAUUGCGAGCGGAUUCGCACGGCUCAAUGCCGGCGUGGAGAUCACGCGCUGCACCCACUGCUCCUUCCCGCUGCGCUUCGACAAUGCGUGUGCCUACCACGGAUUGGGUGCAGUUCUCCUGCGUUACUACUGGUCACGCGGCGAGCAGCUGAAGUGUUUCGAUGUGCUGCAAGCUGUGCCCGCUUUGCUCGACAUCCUCGCCAAAUUCUACCUGGCCGAGCACAAUUUGGCCAAGGUGCUACCGAUUGUGUUGAAUUAUGGCGCCGUCGAACUGUUCCAGGAUGUGGGCCGGCAACUGAAUGGCGCUGCCUGGGCACGCUGCUUUGAGCAGUUCGUCGAUGUGCAGCGGGGUCGCCUCAUCUGCGUCAACUGCGAGCGGGUGACGAGCGUGGAGCGGGAACAGCUCUCCCGUCACUUCUUCUACACGUGGAACUGUUUCCUCAACAUUGCCCUGGAUCAUCUGAGUGCCACGGAGACGCUGGCGCUGAUCUUCAAAUGGAGCUCAUACAUCCCAAGCGAUGCCAUCGAUCGGGAAUUCUACACUCGUUGCCUGCUCAAGGGCUAAUCUCGAAAGCAACUCGAUUGUUAAUCAGAUAAUUCAAACUUCAAAGUUGAAUCUUUCGCUACACCCCCAAUAUAUCUAUAUAUAUAUAUAUAUAUAUAUAUAGUAAAUGUAUUUACAAGCAGCUAUUGUAACAUUCCGAAAUAUACUCCUAAUUAUAAUAUUCUAGCUAAAGCUAAAAGCCAAUACCAAAAGCAUUUAUUCUAUAUAAACAUAUAUUGAGAAUUUGAACAACAAAAAACAUAUAUCUAUAUUUAAAAGUAUAUAUUUACAUGUAUACCAAUUGUAUGGUUAAUUUGGGUGUGCGCGUAAAUAAAAGUUGUAAAUUGAA